AUGGCUACAAAUUCAUUUCAAGCACGUGCAAUUUAUGAUUUUGUUGGUGAAAAUUCACAGGAACUUAGUUUUAAUGCAGGUGAGAUACUUUUUAUAGAUUCAACUACUGCGGGGCAACAAUGGUGGUAUGCGCAAAAUUCUGCUGGACAAGCUGGUUCUAUUCCAGCAAAUUAUGUAGAACAAAUCUAUGAUACUACACAAGAACCAGCACAGGAGCCACCAGCACCUGCAAAUACAUAUGAGGAUAUGAAUUUUGGUAUGAUGAAUAUUAAUUCGUAUGUUCAACCACCAUCACAAACAAACGUUCAACCACUAAUGGAAGAACAAUCACAACUACAUACCAAUUUGGAUUCGGAUUUUAAUUGGCCAUCAGCUGAACCGACUUCAGUACAAACGAAUCAAGCAAAUCACUCGAAUGAGCGAGGAAUUAGUUUUCAGAGUUCUUUUGAUUCAUCAUCAUCAUCACUAGCAACUAAUCAAAAUACCUUCAAUGCUACACCUGAUCAAUAUAUAACAGUAAUAGAUCCUUCACCAUCAAUAGAAUCAGUUCCGGCAACACUUAUAAAUCCUUUUUCUAUGCAAAAUACAGCAUCUAAUCAACAACAAGAUUUAUGGUAUACUGAUUACUCAGGAUCAUCGCAAGUUGUUACAACAACAAAUCCUCCGUCAUCAUCGAAUGUAUUAUCUCCAUUUGGUUAUACACAAUCAAUGCCUUCGCAACAACAAAAUUAUGAUACUAGUUUUAUGUUUCCACCAACAACAUCACUAGAUGAAAAUUUGUAUGAAAUACCUAAGCCAUUCAUACCAUCUACUUUUACAAAUCAAUCAACUAUAAUACAAUCAACACCUUUUAUUCCACCUUCACCUUCAGACAAUCUUAUGUCUCCAGUAUCUCCAGUAAUUCCAACACCCUCAAAACUAAAUACAGAAAAUAGUCUCGUUUCGCCAUCGCCCAAACCCAAAUCAGAAAAAUCAAAUUUUUUUACGCUAAGACGUCAAAAAACAAAACCUGAAACAGUAUCACAUUCAACAAAAGAAGAAUUUGAUUCGGAUCUGGAAACUUCGAUAUCAAAAGAACAAAAUACAACAUUAAAUAGACAAUCAACUCCUGGUGCUGACACGAAAGCUCCUACACGACCAAGACUUUUUGAUAAACAUGGUAUAGAUAAUUACAUAUUACAUGGAAGUAAAGCUAAAGUAGAUGAACGUGUUGACAUUGGUUUUGAUGAAAAAUCUGGUUAUGUUUAUUGGUUACCUAAUGGUAAAACUCCACCAUUUAGUUGUAAAAUUGAAGAUUCAGCAAAAGGAACGAAAUUAGGUGGAUUAAAAUCAUUUACGGAAUAUAAAAUACAUGCACAAAUUUCUAACGGUCGAGUUGUUAGCCGACGUUAUAAACAAUUCGAAUGGUUACAUGAACAACUUGUUAAUAAAUUUCGUUUUAUUUGUGUUCCACCAUUACCUGGAAAACAAAUAGCGGGUCGAUUUGAAAAUGAAUUUAUUGAAGAACGUCGACGACAACUUGAAUUAUGGCUUAAUCGUAUUUGUCAUCAUCCUGUACUUUGUGCAUCAUUUCCUGUUCAACAUUUUGUUACAUGUGAACUCACUGAAAAAAAUAAUAAAGAUUGGAAAGCAGGUAAACGAAAAAGUGAAAAAGAUGAAUUACGUGAAGCAGCAUGGCUUCAUUGUGUUACACAUACACAGUCAAAUUUAACUGAAGCACAAAUUGCAACACAAAUCGAUGCAUUUGCACAACAACAACCAGGUCUUGAAACACAUUUAAAAAAUCUUAAUCAAGGUUUAAUCAAAUAUCUUGAAAGACAUUCUGAAAUUUAUAAACCUGAUAUGCAACGUCUUGGAGAACUUUUCUCUAAAGUUUUUAUAGCUUUACAAACAGACGCAAGCACAAUCGGGAAUCAGGAACUUUCAGUUUCAGUAUCGAAAAUCAGUGCUUCAUUUCAAGGAAUAGCUGAAUUAUAUAAAACAAAAGGAAGUGAAAGUGUUCGAAAUUUUAACGAACGUAUUCAAGAAUAUAUUGGUCUUUUAGCUUGUUUUCCAUUAAUAUUAAAUAUUCAACGAAGUGCGUCCGAAUGUAUUAAAAGUGUACAACAACGUGGUCCAACAGCAACACCAGAUUUUAGUGGUGCAAUACAUCGUGGUCAAGUUUUUAACUAUGUUGUAUUAGCUGAAAUAAAUUUUUUUCAAAAAGACAAAGUUAAUGAUUUAAAUUUGUAUUUAAAAACACUUUUACACGAACAAAUUCAAUUCUAUGAAAAUAUCACAGUUGAAUUACGUGCUGCAGCAGCAACAUUUGAUUAA